AUGAGAAUUACGAGCACAUCUUGCAUCUGUCCAGUCCUAGUUUGUCUCUGUUUUGUGCAGAGGUGUUAUGGAACUGGGCAUCAUGGCUCCAUCAAGGUGACACGAAACCAAACAAAACAUAUAGAAGGAGAAACGGAAGUGCAUCAUCGCCCAAAACGUGGAUGGGUGUGGAACCAGUUCUUUGUUUUAGAAGAACACAUGGGACCAGAUCCACAGUAUGUUGGAAAGCUGCACUCCAAUUCUGACAAAGGCGAUGGAUCGGUCAAGUACAUCCUUACAGGUGAAGGUGCUGGGACUAUCUUUAUUAUUGAUGACACAACAGGAGACAUCCAUUCAACCAAAAGUCUAGACCGGGAGAAGAAGACACACUAUGUGCUGCAUGCCCAGGCAAUUGACAGACGGACCAACAAGCCACUUGAGCCUGAGUCAGAGUUUAUUAUCAAAGUACAAGACAUCAAUGACAAUGCACCAAAAUUUACAGAUGGACCUUACAUCGUUACUGUGCCAGAGAUGUCUGAUAUGGGUACCUCAGUCCUUCAGGUUACAGCUACAGAUGCAGAUGACCCCACCUAUGGAAACAGUGCCCGGGUAGUGUACAGUAUUCUUCAGGGACAGCCAUAUUUCUCUGUUGACCCUAAAACAGGAGUCAUCAGAACAGCCUUGCAUAACAUGGACAGGGAAGCCAGAGAGCAUUAUUCAGUCGUCAUUCAAGCCAAAGAUAUGGCUGGACAAGUUGGGGGGCUGUCAGGAUCUACCACUGUAAAUAUAACCCUCACGGAUGUCAACGACAAUCCCCCCAGGUUUCCUCAGAAACAUUAUCAGCUCUAUGUUCCUGAGUCGGCACAAGUUGGCUCUGCAGUAGGCAAGAUCAAGGCCAAUGAUGCAGACAUGGGCUCAAAUGCAGACAUGAAAUACACCAUCAUAAACGGGGAUGGAGCUGCAGUGUUUGCCAUAUCAACUGACAAAGAAACACGGGAAGGAAUUCUCUCCUUGAAAAAGCCACUCAACUAUGAAAAAAAGAAAUCCUAUACUCUUAAUAUAGAAGGAGCAAAUACCCACCUCGAUUUCCGCUUCUCACACUUAGGACCUUUUAAAGAUGUAACUAUGUUGAAGAUCAUUGUUGGGGAUGUGGAUGAGCCUCCACUCUUCACUCUGCCUUCCUAUGUCAUGGACGUUUAUGAAAAUGCCAAGAUUGGGACUGUUGUGGGCACAGUAACAGCACAAGAUCCAGAUGGUGCUAACAACUUAGUAAGAUAUUUCAUUGAGCACAAAACAGAAGAGGAUAACUAUUUUACCAUUGAUGCAAAUACUGGGACCAUUAAGACUGCCAAGGUCUUUGACAGAGAAGAAACCCCUUGGUAUAACAUCACAGUCACUGCUACUGAAAUGGAAAGCCCUGGCCUCCUGAGCCAUGUCCCUGUUGGAGUUAAAAUUCUUGACAUCAAUGACAACCCUCCAGAGCUUGCUGGAGAUUAUGAUGUAGUUGUUUGUGAGAAUGCAAAACCAGGCCAGGUUAUUCAGACAAUCAGUGCCACUGACAGAGAUGACUUUGCAAAUGGACAGAGAUUCCAUUUUUCUCUAGACAACAAUUUUUCUUUGAAUCCCAACUUUACAUUAAAGGACAAUGAAGAUAACACAGCCAAUAUUCUGACGCGGCGGCGGCGAUUUAGUCGAACCACCCAGGAUGUGUAUUACCUGCCAAUUUUGAUCUCGGAUGGAGGGGUCCCUUCUCUUAGCAGCAGCAGCACCCUUGUGAUACGAGUAUGUGCCUGCGAAAGGGAUGGACGGGUACGGACCUGCCAUGCAGAAGCGUUUCUCUCCUCUGCUGGACUGAGCACAGGAGCCUUAAUUGCCAUCCUGCUGUGUGUCAUCAUUCUCUUGGCAAUAGUGGUUCUUUUCAUCACUCUAAGACGCAGCAAAAAGGAGCCUUUGAUCAUUUCGGAGGAGGACGUCCGGGAAAAUGUUGUCACCUAUGAUGACGAGGGUGGAGGUGAGGAAGACACUGAGGCUUUUGACAUCACUGCUUUGCGGAACCCAUCAGCUGCCGAAGAACUGAAGUAUCGAAGAGAUGUUCGGCCUGAAACAAAGCCCACACCCAGGCAUCCCACUUCAUCUAGCCUUGACAGCAUAGAUGUCCAUGAAUUCAUUAAGCAAAGACUGGCAGAAGCAGACCUGGAUCCCAGUGUGCCCCCUUAUGAUUCACUACAGACAUAUGCAUAUGAAGGCCAAAGGUCAGAAGCUGGUUCUAUCAGCUCUUUGGAUUCAGCUACCACACAUUCUGAUCAGGAUUAUAAUUACCUUGGUGACUGGGGACCAGAGUUUAAGAAGCUUGCCGAACUUUAUGGAGAAAUAGAAUCUGAAAGAACAAAUUAA